AUGUCCUCCAUCCUCCGCAGACUCCAGGGGGGCAACCUCGAAGUCUUCAAGUUCGGCAUGUACAUCAUCUUCCCUAUCGGCUGGAUGUACUAUUUCGGUACGAACCUCGACGACCGCUUCAGCGUCCCCGGCUUCUGGCCCACCACCGAACAAUCGCACAAGAUCCCCCUGGAGAAGGAAGAGAUUGAUUGUGAACUGGCGCGCAUGCGUAUGGUGGAUGCUGUUCGUCGAGAGAAGCGACAGCAGCGC